CUCCACUACACUAGAGGGCGCUACAGCAAACCAGUGUGACGUCACAGUAUCCGGUGGGGCAUGUUGACUUGUGACAGGACGAUGGCGGCGUCGAGGUUACCACCAGCUACACUGUCUUUAAAACAGUUCUUACAGAGGACGCAAGUUCUGGGGAUUUACAGGAAUAUGUUGAAGACCAUACGACAAGUACCGGAUGAGCGAGACAGAAAGUACCUUAGAGACUGGGCGAGAGAUGAAUUCAAGAGGAAUCGGCAGGCCACAGACCAGGAUGCCAUCCGUAUGAUGAUCACACAAGCGACCAACCAUCUGAAAGAGCUUCAGACGUCACUAUCCCUGGCAGGGAACUAAACGCAGAAGAAUGCUGACCAUCUUUUGUGUAAGCAUUUGUGUGGCAGGACUUUACUUCAAGGAUUUUUGUGGAGGACUUCAGACUGGGCUGCUAUCUAUUAAUACAACACGUGUUCUUAACACUAACAAUAAUUAGACCAUUUAUUGUCAUGUAUGUAGAAGAUCCAUCCAUCCAUCCAUCCAUUUUCUUCCGCAUUGCAGGGCCAACACAGACAAUAUUCACCCACUAGGGCCCAUUUAGUGCAAUGAGGAUAAUGUGGGUUGUACUGGCUCCUAGUUCUAAAGUUCAUCCCAGUGGUGUUUGAUGGUGUCCUACUGAAGCUCCCCACCAGUCACCACUUUCCUGAUAUUUUUCAAGCAGCACAGUUGUUCAACACACACGCCAGCAACAAGUAAGGAUGUCUUUAAUUAUCAAGCCUUUCAUUGUCAUUUAUAUGUCUGGGUUCAAAUAGGAAAACCUGUGGAGUUGGUAUGUUUCUGCCUGCACUUGUACUUGUACUACAGUACUUCCAGCCUUCAAAAACAUGUUUCUUUGACUAAAUCAGUGCUUUCCAAUUAUUUUCUGUUACGCCCACCCCUAUGAAGAAGAAAACAUUUCACCCCUAACUUUUUUUACGUAGUCUGUAACAGAAAAUAUUUAAAGUGCAUCAAUUUGCCAUGUUUAAACUAUAAUCAUUUGUUGACCAACUUUAACCAUUCAAUACUGAAAAGUACAAUUAAAUAGACUCAAUAAAUAAUCAUUCAAAUUGAUCAGAAACAUUACCUCUAGAGCAAAGGUAAAUGGUAAAUGGGUUAUACUUGUACAGCGCUUUUCUACCUUCAAGGUACUCAAAGCGCUUUGACACUAUUUCCACAUUCACCCAUUCACACACUGAUGGCAGGAGCUGCCAUGCAAGGCGCUAACCAUGACCCAUCAGGAGCUAGGGUGAAGUGUCUCGCUCAAGGACACAACAGACGCGACUAGGUUGGUAGAAGGUGGGGAUCAAACCAGGAACCCUCAGGUUGCUGGCACGGCCACUCUCCCAACUGCGCCACGUUUAAAGGUGUCAAACUCAAGGCCCGGGGGCCAGAUUUGGCCCGCCACGUUAUAUAAUGUGGCCUGCAAAAGCUUUGAAAUAAUGUGUCAAUGAAGUACUUUACAAAAUGUAUUAGUUCUUUCCAUUUUGACAGAAAAAAAUACACGUAUUGCAUGCAAUUUCAUAUAUUUUCAAAUGUAGUAUUAUCUAAUAAUGCAACAAAUAUAAUACUAUUGUACAUUUCAAACUUUUUUGUCAUUUGUGCGUGACUUAUGAUUUCAAAGCAAAUUUUCCAUCCAACUGUACACUGUAAAAAGAAAAAUACUGUAGAAUAUACAGAAGGAAAAAAAACGACAGCUCAGUUGCUCAAAUUUUGUCCUACAAAAACUAUAGUACCCUUUUUCUAUUUACAGUAAAAUGCAGUAAAAACCACCAUAGAUUUUGCAGUAAAACUGUAGCGACUGAGCUGCCAAUUUUUUUUACUGCAAAAUCUAAACAUUUUAAAAUAUGUAUAUCUAAUCAAAUGCAUAGGCAAUUGUAUGAUAAUACCUUGAGGUGAAUCCUCGUACAUUUAUAUCCAUAAACUGCAAUGUGGCCCUCAGUGAACACCAGUUCGACUCCCCUGCUGUAGAGCAUAACAUAUAAAAAUCUUUACCAACAAAACAAAAAUGAAUAAAACAAUUUGUGCUGAUUUUAUUUUGUAGUACACAGCUUUUUAAAGUGGGGUUUGAAGCAUGAUACCAAUGAAGCAUGUUCCCCCCAAAGGGGCCUAGCCCACUAUCUGAAAACAGAACUUUCUAAAUUGUCCAUAGGUCUGAACGUUAGUGUGAAUGGUUGUCUACUACGUAUAUCUAGUCUAAGCUUGACUGCUGACCAGUCGAGGGUCUACAACCUCUCGCCCAAAGUCAGCUGACACACAACCACUCUCACUCAGAAGGGAGGAAGCCGAACGUAGAGAACAUGAGAUGUUCCAAAUAAGUUUUGAACCCUUGAUCUGUGUAUCUGACAUGCUAACUAACCACUAGGAGGGGAUGAAUGGAUAAUAUAUUAUUACCCUAAAAUAAUAGUGUCAAAGGAGCAUUAGCUUUUAUUUUCAAAUGUAUGUUCCAUGCUAAUUUUCAAAAUUCACAUCAAAUGCUGUUCAAGUGUUUGUCAGGUUUCAUGUCAUAUUUUUGCACGGAAUGCAUUUCAAUACAGUUCUUUUGAACAUUAAACAUGUGUCAAGAAUCCAGUCAUUAAAAGUUCUUCUCUCAGCUCUGCUUUCAUGUUUCUUGAAAUAUUACAAAUGAUAAAUGUACAUUAUUUGAUCCUAAUGUUACACGAAUAAACUAAAUAUGACAUUUUCAGAUUUUUACUUUUGUCUUUAAAUCUUUUUGAAAAUGUUCUAUUUAUCAAUGUGUUUUCACAUCCUUUUGAAUGUAUUCACUUCUGUCAUUUUAAUAGUUACUUAUGCAUUAUACAAUGUUUGUCAGGUUUUAUUGCUCCUAAAAUGUUAUUAAUUUCUUGUUUUCCUUCCACAUAAGCCACUGCUGCACAUACAGUAUAUCCUACUUAAAAAUUGCUGUUUCAUCGCAGAAAGUGUGUAAACUUUUUGUAUAAAAACAAAUACAGUAUGUAAGUGUGAACGAAUAAUAAAAUUGCAGAGACAUGGAGAAGGGUUAUAA